GAAAACAGAUCAGUGAAGUCUCUUAAAACAAAUUUUCGUUUUAGAAAAUGAGUGAAACUGAGAAGAUGUCAUUCACACUUUAAGUGCGCUGAGCGUUUAGCAAAACAUGUUUUAAGCACCGAUCGUAAAUCAACAAAUGUCUCCAUCAAAAAGCCGUACAGUAGAGGAAGUGUGGCGCAAAAAUAGUGAAAAAAGAAGAGGAAGAAGACGUUCAAGGUGUAGGGUACACAGGAAUGAAGACGAAGUGCUGUACUCCCACGAAAGUGACAGGAUGUUUCAACAAGGUGGCAGCACUGAUGCUGGCGUUGUGAUUUAAUUGAAGCGCGAAGAAAGUUUUGCACGACAAUUUCAAGUGCCAAGAGCGCUGCUAAAAGAAAAUUGUGGCUGAAGUAAAAUGAGAAAAAAAAGGAAUGUCGGAAAAAAUGAACGAGCACAGCGGCGGAAAAACGCAACAGGCGUAAUAAAAUUAUCUCCAUUCUAGUAAAAUAGUUUUUAAUGAGUUAUUUCUGUUGUAAAAGCGAAUGUGCGAUUGUGAUCGGCGGGCGUCGACGCAGCCCUGAAGAAGAGUACAGAAGUGUUGCCAGCAGCCGGCAGUCAACGGGAACAAAACGAAGAAAAAGAAAGAAGAGCACGACGGCGAGGAAGAAACAGCGGAGUGGUGUGCAGCGGAAAUUGGUUGACAAAGUGGAAAAUAACUUCCGGUCGGACGGAACGCGUCGUCGCAGUCCGGAUUGGACCGGUGCCACCGAACGACGCCUAGCAGAGACGCAAACCACCACCACCGAGGAGCAUGGAGCGCAAACGGUCGAUCCGGCGGCGGCAGAAGCCACCGUUUGCCGAGCGGUUCAAAGACCACUGUCGAAACUUUACCGCAUUUAUGUUCAGCAAUGUAGGAAUUAUAUUUUUAGUAGCACUCUACAUGAUUGCUGGCGCGUUCAUGUUCAUCGCGAUCGAAGGUAAUGAAGCUUUAGAAAGGUUUGCUCAAAUACCGUCCAAGAGAGUCGAGACUGCCAUGCGGCUGUGGCAGAUAUCCUGCUGUGAAGUAAAUGUGUUCAACAAAACCGUAUUCGAGGAGAGAGUAGGAGAGGAAAUACGCGCCUACCAGGAGAGGGUGGUGGUGUGGGCACGUCGCGGCUGGCAGGGAAGUGACAUCACGCUGGAAAGCGAAACCCAGUGGUCCUUCUCCGGAGGUUUCCUGUACUCCCUCACCGUCAUCACCACGAUCGGAUACGGCAACAUAGUUCCUCGCACGGAAUGGGGUAAAAUUGCAACGAUAUUCUACGCAAUCAUAGGAAUGCCACUGUUUUUGCUCUAUCUUUCCAACAUUGGUGAUAUUCUGGCAAAAUCAUUCAAAUGGACCUACGCCAAGUUCUGCCUGUGCCAGGUAUGUCCGGGUGUGGCGCGACGGCGUGCCCUCCGAGCUAAGCGCCGUGCCAGGACCGAGGAACGUGACUACCAGUCGGAGCUGGGUGACAACGGGUUCGACACCGCCACCAUCACCACCUCCAAUGUGGAGGACGACAUCGAGGACGAAAUCACUGCCGAAACACAAACCGUUACCGUUCCAAUUACUAUUUGUAUAAUGAUCAUGAUCGGGUAUAUAUUUUUCGGUGCUCGACUGUUUGCCGACUGGGAGAACUGGGAUAUACUAGAUGGUAGCUACUUCUGCUUCAUUUCCCUCAGCAGCAUCGGCUUCGGGGACAUUGUGCCCGGUGCCUCGCUGCAAACGAAAGGUGACACAAAGAUGGAAAUCAGUUUCAUCCUUUGCGCCAUUUAUCUGCUCCUCGGCAUGGCCCUGAUUGCCAUGUGCUUCAACCUGAUGCAGGAACAAGUCAUCUAUAAGAUCCGGUCGCUGAAAAAGUGUGUCCGGGGAUGUUUCCAGUGCAAAAAGACGGUUCCACCACCUAGCGACGAGGAGGAACCCGAAAGCUGAGAGGCAUGGACAUACUGUUUGCACACAACACGACGUGACGACACCGCAAGGUUAAGUGCGAGGCUAGGUUGAGGAGGGGGCUCCGGUGCGAGAAGAAGAGGGGUCAAAACCGACACUGUAGGGGGAUUGCCGGAAGAGGAACGGACAAAAACAAUCAGCUCGUUCCGUUUUUGUGCGAAACCACUUUAGACUGUAAGGUAAAUGGGGUCAUUUUCUGUAUCGAAUCACACAGAAUUCGGAAACAGGUUGUCUCGAACGCUUUGUGAUGUAUUAUGAAACUUUGUUCUAUAGAAUGAUGUUAGCUUAUCUGGUAGAACUGGAAUCUUUCUUUUAAUUCUUAAGUAUUGCGCGUAAUUCCGAAAAGACAGGCGGCAAACCAGCCACGAAACGACGCGCCGCACUUUCGGCAAAUGCCAUACAGUGCGUGUUAUUUUUGUUGACCUUCUUCUUUGAAAGUUUGAAUUGCCUGCCAUUGUUGCCAGGUAUGUUUUCUAUUGCACCAAAAGUGCAGCAAAUCGCUGGCAACAAUGUCUGCGGUACGUUCUGAAAUGCCGCGCGGCGUGUACCUUUGAGAGAAACGGACAAUAUCCUACCUACUUGAAGCAAACCUAAUAAAAGUUGAAUUCUUCAUUAACAAACGAUUUUAAAAACAAUUCUUAAAGAUCUAUUUAUUGUACAUUAAAUUUUCAAAACAAAGAAAACUCUCAAACAUAUUACAAAAACAAAAAACAAUUUUCAUACAUUUAUAAAUUUCAAUGUUUGAAAGAAUUGAAAAAAAUCUGCAAAUAUCUGAUACACGGAACAACUUAUUUUGAAGUCUUUAAAAUUUGAUUUUUUAAUUAAAGGUUUAUCUUGCAAAACUGCUAACUUAGCACUCAGCUCAUAUUUGAAUAAUUUUUAAAAGUGUGAAAAAAUCGACAGAAAUUAAGAUUUGUAUCUUUAAUAGUAGUUUAUGCAACAAGUUGCAAAAAGAAGAUUUGUUCAGUACGAGUUGUGCUGAAAAAAUCAAACUUUGCAACGAGUUCCCGAACAGAUGGUAAUAACUAAAUUCAUGCCAUUUCAAUAACAAAUACCGUUAAAAUAACAAAAAGUGUUUUGGAUUCUUCUUGAAAAAUCAAUUUUUGCAUAAGAGUUGAAUAACAGCUUAAGUUAUCAUAACAAAAUUUGUUAUUGGUUUGAUAUUGAUUGUAACCCUAGUAACAUUUUUAAACUUACAGGUUUUAUCAUGGUUCUGAAAACCCUUAUACGGCCUAAAUAGGCUUUUAUGGCCUACUUAAAACCUAAAAUGUUACUAGGGAAGCCAAUACAACUUUGCAAUAAAACUUUUUGUUAUGGAAGGAUACCUCCAACUUAUAUUGGGAUGAUCGGAUUAGUUGUUAAAAUAACAAAAAAUAAUAACAAAGAUUUGUUCGAAGAAUAGCUAAAAGUGUUAUUAGUCUGUUAUUAGAAUAACAAUCCAAUAACAAAAAAAAUCAUAACGACUAAUAACAAAUCUUGUUAUAAAUAACAUAAAAUGUUAUUGGAUCAGUAUUUUCAAAUAUCAAAAAAUGUUAUUCCCAAGUUAUUUCCGUCUGCUCGGGUUGCUCACAACAUUUUUUUGCAAUUCCGAAAAAUGCUUCCUGAAUGGAAUUUUAUGUCACACAUUCAUCAAACCAUCCACAUUAACGACCCCCGGGUCUUUUGUGGUCUCUAUUGCAAGUUUCUGCUCGAACCUAGGAGUCCGAAGGCUUGAAUGGGGAGAGCACCCAACCCUCUUUUUACUCCAAGGAACCUUCCACCCCAGUGUUUGAACUGACGACCUUUGGAUUGCGAGUCCAACCGCCGCCAGCGAGUCCACUGGAGUAGGCUUGGUUUGGUGUGUUGUUUGUACUUAUGGCAUGGAGACAACUCCUACACCUGGAAUGACUUAAUGGCCUAACAACCAAGGCCAGGACCGACAUUUUACUUCCUCAUCCGAUGGAAGGUUGCAGCAGAUGGGAAUCGAACCCAGAAUCAUCCGCUUACAAAGCGGACAGCGUAACCAUUCGGCCACGCACUGCCACUGUCACACAUUCAUGUGUUUAGUCAAUUCACUGCUCAAAACAAAAAAUAUUGAAAAAUGUUUCGUUUCGAUACUCGUGAUGAAAAAUGUUACUUUUCGAUACUAGUGUUCAAAAGUUCAAAUUUUUAGCACCCAUUUCACUGCUGAAAAGUAGAACUUUUCAGCACUGCUAUUGAAUGUAUUAGUUUUCCAUUCAGUUAUUUUUGGUAAGGAAAAGUAAGCCGUUUCGUUCUCCAGAAAAACAGGAAAAGUUGACUGUUUCACAGCGGAAUUGCAAAAAAGCUUUUUUAAAGAGCAAUUAUAUUUUAACUCAGAAAAUUGAUUCGAAAAAAAUAUAUUUUUUUAACUGAUGAUUAAUUCUGUUUUAUUUAAUUUUACCCAUACAUUUUUUUUCUCAACCAGUUUGGCUCAAAAUUGGCACAGUAGCCAAAGCUCAAAAGUUUUCCAAAAGUUUCAAUUUUUCUUGUCACCCUAUUAUCCUCUUUCUGCUUGUUGAAUGUCAGAUGAGUACCGACUUCAACAACUAUGUUUUCUAAAACAAAUAAUUGAUGCGUCAUGUAACAUUGGAUCUAAGAAUCGUAAUCAGGAUUCCUCUUGGAACAAAGUUUCAUAAAAAUCCUAUGAGCAAUCAAAAUAGUUGGUAGAGAAUGACCCAAAAAUAGGACACACAGCAAUUAAAGACAACGCGCGGCAGUUUUAAACUUAAUGUUUACUUUUCUAAUGUUGUACAUAAUUUUCAUGACCAUCCUUUCUUGUUUCUGAUUACAUUUUGCGAGUGUGUGAUUUACUGAUAAGUUGAUGAGUUAACCUUGUGAGAACGUUUCGGAUCUUAACGGCUGUUAAACAUUCCAAAGGAAGAAAUAGCAAAAUAUUUCAUUUCAAAA